AUGUCCAAACCCCUGGGCCGUAGCAGCGGUGGUUGUUGGACAUGUCGUAUUCGCCAUAGGAAAUGCGACGAAGCAACUCCGACUUGUAAAGAAUGCACAGAUCGGCACAUAGUAUGCCAUGGCUAUGGAACGGAGCCUGAUUGGGUCAAGGACCCUGUCAAGCUACAGGCGGAACUUCAACGCAUCAAGCAUGCUGUGAAACAGAACUUCCGCCGGACUCGAAAACUGCAGGCUUCUUCCACACGUUCAUCCACCAGAGCCGUAACGGAGCCUUCUGGGGAAAAUCUCGAAGAGUCAGCAAUAUUUUCGCCAGGCGGGUCUGAGUAUCGUGAAGCUGAGCUCCUGACAUAUUAUCUGGACUACAUAUUUCCCCUCCAAUACGCCUAUUACGUGGAUAAGCCAGCACUCGGUGGCCGAGGAUGGCUUUUCUGGCUUCUAUCCAAGCAAGGGCCGCUUCGUCAAGCCGCCUUUACGCUAUCCGCUCUACACCAACACGCUAUGUCGCAAAGUAAGACAGAGGAAAUGGAGUCAGAGCUUAUCCGGUAUCACACCAAUGCGAUGCAAGAACUCCGUCAAGUUCUCAUUCGCUGCGAGACAGAUGGUUUCGCCAGCCAUCCCGAACAUCGCGUCGAGUUUCUUACUUGUGGCACUUUCCUCAUCAGCUUCGAGGUCUUCCAAGGAGGAACCACUAAUUGGCAGUCACAUCUGAACGCUCUUGUAUUGGUCGCAGGUCAAAUUGACUUGGAGAGCGUGGGAGGAAGGUCCGAAUCUUCUACAAGAAUUGAGACUGGAUUCCAGAGGAUUAUGAGUGCGGCCAUCAGAUUCCAUGUGUCACAGCUACUUUGGUUCGAGCUUCUGUCAUGUGUUUCUACAGGUGAACCACCUAGGCUACCUUAUCAAAGGUGGCUCAGCCACGAAGAAAUCGAUGUGUCCUGUGUCAUGGGUUGCCAGAACUGGGCUAUGCUAGCUCUCGGAGAUGUAGCCUCGCUAGAGGCACAAGUUGCAGAGAUGAAUCCGAGAGCUUUGAGCCGCAAAAUUGCAGACAUCACUAAACGUCUCGAAGAUGGUGUUGGAUACUUGGGGGUAGAACAAAAGAACGAUACUAAUUCGUCCGGUCAGCCCGAUUCAGCCUUAAUCUCGCAGUCGAUUACCCGCAUUUAUGCAACGGCAGUCCUUGUGCAACUGCACACAAUUUCAGCCAACAUAGAAGACGCACCAGAAAACGCGCUUGAAACAAUUCAUAACGCAGUAUCUGGCGUUAUGGAUGCUCUUCAAAGUGUGCCGGACGGCCUGUCUCUGAAACCUGUAACAUGGGCUAUGUGCGUCGCUGGAGCAAUGGCAGCCCCAGAUCAACAACCAUUCUUCGAGAAUCUGAUUGAAGGAAUCCUUGAAAGCUCGGGUUCCGGUUUUACAAACGUUGAUACGGUGCUAAGAGUUCUGAAGGAAUGCUGGAGGGAAAGAGACUACCAUGGUACCGACAACAGUGUUCCUAGAAAUGCAAUGUCACGGCUAGGGAUAUGUGCCCUUUUGAUUUGA